UUCAACGAGAUUUGUGGAUUGUAAACAAACGGCGUGAGCGUCCAUUUCCCUCACUAAUCGUAGAUUUACUUUAGUCAGGUCGAAGGAUAAAAAUAAUUUGAAGGUUUUGCGGGGUUCACACAUUUUUCUGGGAGUCAUGAGCAGCUGCUCAAGCAGACAGACGCCUUGCAGCUUCGGUUCCGUUAGCAGUUCCCCUCCGCCGUCCUCUGCUGCACUACAGAUGAUAAACAUGCUCGACUCUGCAGCAGAGCAGAUGAUGGUCUACAGAGACUUCCAGGCUGUUUUUGAUACGUGCCAGAGAGGUCUGGAAAAGCUCGCUGGCACGGAGGACAACAGAUGUACAGAGUUGAAGACUGGUUUCUGCAUCUUGGGGAUUCAGGCGCUGGCUGAGCUGAAUCGCUGGCACGGAGUCCUCGCCUGGGUUCUGCAGCAGUAUGAGCGCCAGGAAGACAUACCAGCAAAAAUAAUGCAGAUGUGCAUACUUCUGUACUCCAAGGUGGGUGAAGCUGCUGAGAUGCAGGAAGCAGCCAGUGUUUGGUUAAACUGUCCAUCAAAUUGCGGAUCUGCUGGUUUCCGGACAGUUGCAGAGUUGUAUCUUCUACACAUACUUGUGCCUCUCGGACAUUUUGAGGAAGCUCGGGAGUUUAUUGCAGGUGAGGUUGGUGGCAUCGCCUUUGCGGAGCGGAAACAGGCAGCACUAAAUAUUGUGGAAGAAAAAGCACAACAAAGUCGAGAAGCAGCUCUGCGCUCUGGGAUCCAUCCAGCUUCUGAGAUUUCUGCGCAUCCUAACUCAGUUAAAGAUGCUAUAAUCCAUAAACUCGAAGCUAUGCUCAGGUUUUUAUACAGAAAAAUCUUGACAGCCGGUUCUGGCUUAUUCCCUCUCCGGAGACUUUUCCUGAUAGCUGUUAUCCUCUACAUGCUCUUCAGCAGACUGGAUCCAGCUGCGCCGUCCUCAUUUAUGUGGAUUUCCAAACUUUGUCAGCUCUUUAAACAGAUGUGGAGAACCAUGUUUGGACCUUAUUAUCAGACUCUCAGUCAAAAAGAAUAAUUGUGGAAACAUUUAGUUGAAUUGAUCUAAUUUGAUUGUGUUUAAUGGAAGGUCUUUACUUUAAUUCUGUGUCUCUAACAUUUGUUUAAUUUCGUUUAUAAAUUAAAAAUAAUGAUUUUAUAGAAGUGCUUUACAAACGAGCAGUUAUAGAUUCUAUUGCUUGAUUAUUAGUCAACAGCUUAUUUAAAAGAGAUCCAUUGAUCAUUUAGUUAGAAUCUUGAAGUAAAACCCAGGGAGGUGAACAGGAGGUAGACUGUAUUUAUGUUAAAAUGUAGAAUUUUGAAAAAACAAUAGCUAUAAUAUAUUGCAGAGCACUGAUUACCUUUUAGGUGUUAUAUUUUUAAUAAAAUCUUUAUACCUCUAAAAUUGUAGCCAUAAAUAAACUAUUAACAAUUA